AUGGCGCGGACAGCGAAGGGGCCGAGCGGCAGCUGCCGCUGGAUGUGUACGUUGGCCGUUGCCCUCUGUAUGUAUCUGUCAUGGACGUGGGCAAUGAAUCUCAGAGUGAUCGACGCCAUGGGUUCGUUUUACGCCCAUACUUCGUCGGGCGACGAACGCUACCAGCAAACAAGGAACGAGACGACGCCACCGCUAACAUCAUCUCGGUAUAUACACAAGCACCGUUUGCCGCAAAUGGAUGUUUCGGACAAGCUUUUGGCGGCUACGGAGAACUUUGUAGAUCGAGGCGCCGCUUCCCAAAACGACAACGAACAAGAUGUACUGGAAAGAACUACCACAGAGGAUGAAGAUGUCCAUUUGGUUUUUAGUACGGGCUGUUCGGUCUUUCAAGACUGGCAGUCAUACGGAUUUUUCUUCCAAGCGUGGUAUUCGGGACAUAAGGGACACGUAACACGGGUCGCAUCGGGAUGCGAAGGACGUGAUGCCGAGCAAAUAUUACUGAAUCACGAUCGACUGAUCGUCAGGGGAAUGUCGGACCGUUUUCACUUGCACUUGACUCCAGAUUAUAGCAAAACGAGCAUUCCCGGCGUCAACUACAAAUUCUUCAAUAAACCGAUGGGUUUACGACAUUGGAUGGAGCAAGGCUUGGGAUUUUCAUUGGACCAGAGUGAUACUACAAAGGCGUCUAACUUGGGAGAUGCCGUUUUCGUCAUUCUGGAUCCUGAUCAGUUUGUCACUCGGCCCUUUCGGCGCGAAUACCGACGUGAUGCCGAGUUGUGGGUAACGAUGCCGUUGGAAGCAACUGUCAAAGUAGAACGUGGAAAGCCAGUGGCACAGCUUUACGGUUUUGGCGCAAGAUGGAUAGAUAAAAUCAAUGCCACAUUUGUGCUGAAUAGCACCACCGUGACGUCUGGCUUGAAAUCCUGGACAAGAGAUGAUGUUGCACAUCACUACGCGGCUGGGCCACCCUAUAUGGCGGUAGGGAGUGAUAUGUACGAGAUCGUUCGCACAUGGGCCGAGAUGGCCGUUCCUGUGUAUCAACUGACGGAAAACCACCUAUCGGAAAUGUUUGCGUAUUCGGUAGCGGCGGCUCACCUAAAACUGCCGCAUCAACUUGCGCGUAGCUUCAUGCUGUCUGACAUUUCGACGGGAGAGGGUGAAGCGUGGGCGUGGGUGGACGAACAAUCAGCCGCGCAGGUCCCCAAAAGCCGGCAUGCGGAGUUUUUGUCUUGUAAACACGAGUUGUUUGCGCUGCCGCCUACAGAUGAUAUUUUUGCCACAAUGUACAAUUCGUCGGUGACUCUGGACGGGAACCAUCAUGAUCUUAAUCCACAAGACGCCCAACGUAUGGCCUAUAUGCUCUGUCAAAUGUUGCCACGGAUGAAUGCAAUGGCAAGGUACUACAAGAAUCAGGAGUGUCCAAUCGGGACAGCCAAUCUGAAUGCUACAUUCUUUUUCAAACAGCACAAACAGAGCUAG